UAAUGUCCAGCGUGUGGCGCUAGAGCUGUAGAGAGACUUUUGUUGACGGAAGUUCCCACGGAAGAAGACAUGGUGCGUGUGAAAUCCAGGUAUUUACUGUGCGAAGUCAUCGUUACAGACCAGAGCCGCUUGCUGUUGCUGGAUGACCGGGCUGUCGCGGUGGCAGUGAAGGCAGCAGUGGCCCGCACACACGGGGACUACGGGGCGGCUCUGUGCAGCAACAGGUUCUCUGUGAAGUAUCUGAAUGCUCAUACUGGAACAGUAUUCCUGCGUUUCCCCAAAUGGUGUUACAGACUCCUCUGGUCUGCAUUGCCCUUCAUUACCUGUAUUGAAACUCGUGGGCAGAAAAUCUCAUGUUUUCUGAACUGUUUGCAUGUGGGAGGAACAAUUAGAACAUGUCAGAAGUUUCUGAUUCGAUACAACACCCAGCAGCUCCAUCGAAUGCUACCUAAAUGUAAAAAUGAAGAAGAAAAACAACAGGUACGGAAAGCAAUUCUGAACUGCACUCUUAUAAAAGGAGACAAGGAAGAAUUUGAAGAUGAAGAAGAGAGUGAGGAAGAUGAAGAAGAGUGACUUCACAGCAUACAGUAAAGGGCGGCAGACAACUUUUGUGACUGGAUUGAAAUUAAACAUUUGAAGAAAUGUUUACCCACUUCUGUGGAAAUAUGGUUUAUACUGCAGCUGCUCAGCACAUUUGUUUGUAAAGGAAACUGACUGACUUUAUUCCUGUCUUCUACAGAGGAGCACAUUUGAAGAUGUUUGUCACAUAAAUAAUUUGGGUUGCCAGAGUUAAGUGUCACCAAAAAUACAACUGCAAUCUCAUAGCACAAAAUAAGACUAUUGCCUAAUUCUGAAAAAAAAGUUUAUGUUUCAAUGAAAUAUUUUGUAUUUAUACUGUUUUAUGGUCAUGCAUAUUUUGUUUACAAAUUAAAACACUGUUUUUGAAUAUACUGUUUUUGUCCUUGUCCUAAAAUAUAACAUUUAUACAAACCAUUGGUGGUUAACAAUUAUUAUGUUUAAGAUGCAAACAUGGCUACAUUAUAUCGCUAUCAGCUGGCAGAGUAUAACCUUUAACAAUACUGUGUCAAGAUAUUGAUUUCUCAACCCGUUUAUUAACUAAAACCAUAGACUGUACAGUACCAGUCAAAAGUUUGGAAACACCUUCUCAUUCAACUACUUUGAAGAAUCUAAAAUAUAAAACAUAUUCUGGUUU